UCCUGGAGAUUCAACUCCACCUUGAAGGAUGUGUUAUUCAUUUAAAAAAGAGAUUCGUUUAAGCGGCACAAGGAAUAUUGAGGAAGAAUGACGCAUUUAAAUCUACAAGAAAAGUACUUGACCAACAUGAAGGAACUUCGGAUAAAACUAUAUAGCCCUUCACCAAAAUGCGCACACGCUCAUUAACGAGGUUCAUGGCAGUUUUUACGAGUCUGAAUGAAGUAGCCAGCAGUGUUGUUUUCCUUUUGGCAUUUCGCUUCCUGUGGAUGACAAAUGCCGAGACAAUAGCGAAGACACCAGAAUAUUGCUUCCGCCGCGAUCAAGGGCAUCCACAAUACUUCAAGAAUGAAUCAUGGCACACGACUAACCUUGGAGAGCUUCUUCAGCAAAUGUUGCAGUGCUACGAUUCACGUGUGAGAGUUGAGCACGGAGGAAGAGGGAAUCCUACAGAAGUCCAAGUCAGUAUGUACAUUUUGUCCAUUGGGAAUUUUCAAGUUCGUGAUAUGGAUUUCCAAUUGUCGUUUUACUUCAGACAGCAAUGGCAGGAUUCCCGGUUUGCUUAUAAGAACCAUUUCCAUGAAGAAAAAAUCACUUUGGGAGGAGCAAUCCUGGAACAGCUUUGGCUUCCCCAGACCUAUUUUGUCAACAAGAAGGGAGCCAGUGCUAGUACAGAUGCCAAUUUUUUUGUACGGAUUUUUCCUGAUGGAUCAGUACUUGUGAUCACCAAAAAUACGCUCACGAUGGACUGCUACAUGGAUUUAAGAAACUUUCCGUUUGAUGUCCAGAAGUGCAACUUAACUUUAGAGAGCUUUGGAUUCACCACUAAAGAUGUGGUUUAUAAGUGGGUUUCGUUGGACAGCAGUGAAGCAGUGGAAAAAGAUCCAGGACUUACUACAUCAGAGUUUGAUAUUGGUCCUAUAAGAAUAUUCGAAUCCGCUACGAUGUAUAAAACAGGGCUGUUUUCUGGUCUAAAAAUGGAAUUGAAUUUUCAACGAAGAUCUAUGUAUUACCUUAUUCAAAUCUACUUGCCGAGCGCGAUGAUCGUGGUUCUCUCAUGGAUCUCUUUCUGGAUUGACAACCAGUCGAUUCCCGCUAGAACGGCGCUUGGCAUUACCACUGUGCUCGCCAUGACAACACUGCUAUUUGGUGUCCAGUCUUCUCUGCCGAGUGUACCGUACAUAAAAGCUGUAGAUCUGUUUAUGAUUGUUUCAUUCGCUUCUGUCUUUGUUGCACUGGUGGAGUUUGCGGUUGUUAACUAUACAAGUAUGCGUGAGAAGGAACAAAAGGAAUCAAGAACAACGAAAAAUAAAUAUACUGUGAACCCAGACGUUGUUAUGCUAAACUUCCGCAAUUUGUCUUACGAACGCGACGGGAAAGAUGAACAUCAUAUGCAAAAUGGCGUCUCCCACGACGGUACUGUGAGUAAUAUUGAGAACAACAAUGCUGACGUUCACAAAAUAAAUGAACCAAUGAGCAACGGUACCAUUGAUGAACACGCCCCACGUGAUCGCAAAGAUUCAUCGCGUGAUCUGUCACAUGUCCUAGAACCUUCUCACCGCUCGAAAAAAUGUCGCUGGCGAUGUAAAGUUACAGCCAAUGGAAUAGACGCUUGGUCACGUGUUCUCUUUCCUUUGGCUUACGGACUCUUUAUAGUAGCUUACUGGAUUAUUUAUUCAGCAAAUACGGAGAAAAGUUCCUGAACGAUACCUUUCAGUUGACAAAAAAAUCUCUUAUUUGUCGAGCUUCUCAUGUCCUUACGCAUAUGCAGAGAGAACAGAACAGAUUUCACCAUGACCCUGACCCUGACCAUGACCCUGACCAUGACCCUGACCCUGAC